AUGAUUCCACAAGGUCAUCCACCAAACAAACCUGAUAGCCAAGGCAAAUUCGUAUCCAUCGAGAAUGGCGUCGUUCAUGUUUUUCCAAAGACACAUCUCAUGAAUCUGGAGCCACAUGACUAUCAGAUCGGUAUUCUGGUGACAACGCAUUCAGCACACUUGAAGAUUAUCCUUCUCGGUGCGAAGGGAAAAAAACAAACAAAACGUCUCAGGAGAAGCCUCUUUCGCCUCCAGCAUUCCCUGCUGGAGAGAGGCCCUCUUUCUUCCGACCGCUGGUCAACCGAAUUCUGGGUAUCCGACUCGGUCGUUGUUGAUUCAACAUCCAUUGAAGAGGCUAAAUCAGUACUUAAGGCUGUGCGUCCAGAGAGCGCUGAUGAGGCAGCGUAUGUCUGUGUUGGUCUUCCAGUCACAAUCUUCGGGCCAUUAUUCAAUACGCUGGUUUCGAAAUGGAACGCAAGUGCCGCUUCUUUCGAGUACUCCAACGGAUUCAUCUGGAUAUAUUCCACAGUGGGCCCGACAAACUUUAAGAUUGACGCGGACGAAUCUUCCAGUCCAACCAAACACUCAAUUUCUUCCAUGCUGAAGCAAAUGAACGGUAAAUCCUAG